AUGACCACCGAGAUUGCUCCUCGAGAUGUCACUCCGCCUCCUCUACAAGCCCCGACCGCUAAAGAGAAGAAGUAUGACAGACAGUUGCGACUGUGGGCAGCGUCCGGUCAACGAGCACUCGAAGACUCGCAUGUUCUCCUGAUCGUCGGGGACGAGUAUCAAGGUUCCAACAGCAGUGUCGCUGGGGUCGAGGCUUUGAAGAAUUUGGUCCUGCCUAGUGUUGGAAGUUUUACGAUUGCCGAUUCCGCACAAGUUACAGUCUCUGACCUAGGCGUUAAUUUCUUCUUGGAUUCGGACAGCUUGCACAAGUCAAGAGCAGAGGAGACCAGGCGGCUUCUAUCCGAACUGAACCCGGACGUGACAGGCCACGCUAUCACAACGCCUCUGGCUGAAUGGCUUCCGGUUGAGGGGUCCUUAAAACCGUACAAUCUCAUCAUCGCUUGCGCUCCUAUACCAUCCGAGAUCCUUCAGCGAAUAUGCUUCUAUGCGCUACAGAGUUCAAUACCAGCAAUCUACGUCCAAUCCGCCGGCUUCUACGCAUCUUUUUCAAUUCAACUUCCUUCUGCAUUCCCCAUAGUUGAUACUCAUCCCGAUCCAGAAAGUACUCAAGAUCUUCGCCUCUUGGCGCCAUGGCCAGAGUUGGAUGCUGCGGUGGACUCGUUGGGCGAUAUUUCCUCACUGCCAGACCAUGACCAUGGCCAUAUCCCUUACAUUCUCAUUUUGCUUUACUUUUUGAGAGAGUGGAAAGCCAAUCACAAUGGGAACUCGCCCUCGACUUUCAAGGAGAAAACCGAGUUUCGCGACCUUGUUCGCUCGCGAGCAAGAGUCGACAACCCUGAAGGAGGCGAGGAAAACUUUGACGAAGCGUGCGCGGCCGUCCUGAAAUCAAUUACUCCACCUCCGAUAGACAGUGGCUGCAAGGAAAUGAUGGCCAUGCAUUUGUGUACCAGUUUGAGCUCCGACUCGGCUAAUUUCUGGGUCAUCGCAAAUGCCAUCAAGCAAUUCUACGAGACUCAUGGCGUUCUCCCACUGCCUGGAUCGCUGCCAGACAUGAAAGCCACGAGUGCGGAGUACAUCAAGCUGCAGAGCCUGUACAAGGCCAAAGCACGAUCCGAUGUGGCCGAAGUAACCACAACCGUCCGUCACACCGAGUCAUUACUCUCACGAGAGACCACGAUACCUGAGUCGGAGAUCGAAGCCUUCUGCAGAAAUGCAUCGCACGUCCGGGUGCUCACCAAUCCAGCCCACGAGCCCUUUCCAUCCUUGAGGCUCGGUAGUGGCGAUCACAAAACCAUUUCUCGGAUAGCCUCUCUCCUCGAAAAUGACUGGGAAGCUCUCCUCCCGGUCUUUGUUGGGCUCAAUGCAAGGGCCAACCCAUCCAGCCCUCUUGAUGUGACGGCCCUGACGUCUGAUCCCGAGUUGCUAGAAACCCUGACCAAAGCUACUGCGGAAGUCGAGCGAGUGUCGGGGGGCGAGUUGCACAAUAUCUCUAGCGUGAUUGGCGGGAUGGUGGCGCAGGAGGCGAUCAAGCUGCUGACGAGGCAGUAUGUUCCUGUCGAUGGGACGUGUGUGUUUGACGGGAUCAGGAGUAAGAGUGGCGUAUACAAGAUUUAG